AAAAUAAAAAUUGUUAAAUUAUCCCUAAUUUGGACUAUAAUAAAUUUAAAAAACCUGUUUUUUCAUAGAUAUAGUCACAGGGUACGUUGCGUAAAAACUUAUGGAAUAUAUACUGUCGUAAUAAAUCUAAUAACGCGACAACUCCAAUAGAAUAAUAGUACACUCUACCUUUAUUUGUGAAUAUUAUUGUUUUCUAUUUGUUUCGAUGGUAUUUAAAUGUACAUUAUUGUACAUCAUUACCCACAAACUUUAUUGACUCACACCAACUUGCGCCAAAUAAACAAUAAUAUGAAAUUAAAAGUACUAAUAUACUGACUACUUGAGUUACGUUAAGUUAUAAAAUAAUUCAAAUUAUUUGUGUUUACAUUAUUGUUGGGUGCUUUGGUGUUAAAAUGCCUAAGAUAAUAUUGUUAUUCAGUGGGAAAAGGAAAUCUGGAAAAGAUUUUCUGACUGAUCACUUGCAGAAAGUGUUAAAUGAUAAAUGUGAAAUCAUUAAAAUAUCCCAUCCAAUUAAGAGUUAUUGGGCAAAGGAAAAUAAUUUGAAUUUAGAUGAGCUUUUAAGUGCCAGUAAAUACAAGGAGCAGUAUCGCUUGGACAUGUUAAAGUGGAGCGAUGAGAUGAGGGGCAAAGAUUAUGGUUGUUUUUGCCGAGCAGCGUGCCAAAAUGCUGCUGACAAUACAGUAUGGAUUGUCAGUGAUAUAAGGCGUAAAACUGAUAUGAAAUGGUUUAAAGAAAAUUAUGGCCCACUUCUUAAAACUAUAAGAAUUACAGCAGACGAAGAAACAAGAAAAGAACGGGGUUUUGAUUUUCAAGCAGGCAUAGACGAUGUGGCAUCGGAAUGUGAUUUGGACGAUUAUACAGAUUGGGAUCUUGUUAUAGACAAUGGAAGAAAUAGACAGAAAUUAGAAGAUCAGAUAGAUUCAAUUUUAGCACUCUUAACUUAUGGCAUAUAAGUAUAGACAUCUUAUAUAGAUGUUUCAAUUUAUUGAAUGGGAAUGGGCAACAUGAUGCAAACUCUAAUGUUAUGAAAGUAUUAUAAGAAAGUUAAAUUAAAAUGUAUUUUAUUAUGUUAUUAUAGAGUUUUUGAUUGAAUUAGCAAAUAAUUCUUUAUUAAUAAAACUUGAAUCUAAAUUCCUGCACAAACCAUGAACCUUUAUAUUUUGUUACAGAAUUUUUUCACUCAUAUCAUAUCAUAUUUAUUGUACUAAGUAAUAUUGUAAAGGCCUAUACACAUUUAUAUACAGUUUGUAGACUAUUUAUGGCAACAGUACGAAUGACUCAGUUUGAUCAGGGAGGGAUUUGUAAUGAUUUCUUAUAUUUAUGUGAAUGUUACAUUGGAUAGAACUAAUUUUACGGAUAUUAUCAUGGGUGUUGGGAGGUGGUGAGGGUGGAGGGACCGUGACAUAUUCUUCAUAUGGCGUGUGGCGAGAUCCAGGGAUCCAUUAUUAAUAAACCUGAUGAUAAGUGGUUAUCGUGGCCCAUAGACACCUAUCCUCAAUUAAGAAUCAAAAUGUAAAUUACUUGGCACCAAUAAGAACUAUGAUGGAAUGCCUAGUUAUCAUUAUACUCAACCAAAUCUAAGAAAUAAGUUUUGACGUUUCACAUUAAUCAUUCCGCAAUAACUUUGUACAAGCGUACUCACAAGAUUUAAAAUAACCUUUUACGCAAAUCCAAAGAAUCAUGAAGUUAUCUAUAUUUCAUUACAACAUAUAUAGUUCUAUUUCACUAAUUCAAGUUCGAAUCUUUCAGAAAAAGUAAAAUAUAAAAAAAUUAACCAGUCAACUUUUUUGCCUGACGUUUCAAUGAUAUAUAGCUAUGUAUCUUUACCGUAGUGUUUGAAUGAUUAAAAUUCAUUGUUAUGCGAAUAAUCGGUAAAAAUAUUGAAUUAAUCGAAUCUUGAAAUGAUUUAAUUUUUUAAUUUGUUUAUUUAAAUUUUAUUUUUAGAAUUGCUUAAAUUAUAUGAAUCACGCAUUAAAUAACUUUAUUUAUUUUAUAACUUCCUACUUUGUCAGUGUAAAUUUGUAUAGGCAAAGAAAUUCAUAUGCAAAGCCGCGCUGAAGAAAACAAUACGUAAUUCCAAUCUCCCGCCAUUUUGGGAGCUUACUGUGCGUACUUUUGUGAUUUUAUGUUUACUUUAUUUUGUGACUCUGCUAUAACUUUUUGGACUGAUUCUAUUAUAUUCGUUAACCUUGACAAGUUAUAUACACAGGAAUAUCAUAAACAAUAUAUCUCAUAUUAUUAUUUAUGAUAUUAUCUAAAUAAUAAUAUCCUACUGCGGCUUAGUUGCAAGAAAGUUUAGUAGAUGGCGGUUUAUACAAUGGUAAUCUUUCAUUCUUUGUUUUAUUAUGAUUAUUAGAUUAAUAAUUAUUUAUUUAUUAACCCUUAAUUUGGCACUGUAUGUACCGUCAUACAUGAACUUAAAAAAAAAGAUUUGUUAAAAAAAUUACAUCUUCCGUAUGGAAAAUUAACAUUCUUAUGUUGCAACACUAACUGUUAUUUGGUGGAAAAAAUAAACACACAUGUAGCAACAUUUAUUUUGACAUAACUUGAAAAAAAUGGCUACCCGGCGGACGUCAACUGCGUUGUCCAAGGUAUUUAUUAUAUUAUUAUGAAUAUUACUUAGUUUAGGACAGGUGUAAUGACUAAAAUGUAUUCUUUAUUGUGUAAUGGAAUAAGUGUGAUAAUAAUUGUGAUGUUUCUAUUGCAUUGAAUGGUUCUAAUUUGAUUACUAACAUGAUGUAUGACGUGACAUACACUGUCAAGUUUGUAACGAAACACCCGCCAUUUUGUUUGUAUGUCACGGCAUACAUUGCCAAUUUGAGGAUGCUUUUUUUAUUUACUUGGUUUUAUAGCACGCUUUAUUUUCUUUGUCGGCAGCAAAAAUUUCUAACUCGUGGUGGUAGAAUUUUAGCGCUUGUGCCUGCUGAGCAUGCACCCUCUGACGGUAGCGAAAGUUCUGACGAUGAAUUACGUGUGCGCACCCCGCUUUCCGCGACAUCUUCCUCUGCAUCUUCUAUAGAUAGCUCAAUGGAAAGGCUCAAUAUUUUAGAUGAUGAUGAAGACCCCUCCGACCAGAAUGUUCGACUCACACCAAUUUUUCGAAGCGUAUAUUCAAGCCCGUCCCUAGAACCAAAUUGUAAAAAAGUGCCAAUCCUGAGUGACAUUCCGUCACUCCCAGCAACUCCCGCUACUCCUGCAACCCCAGCAACCCCUGCACUUCCUGAACCCCCCGCACCGCCUGAACCAACAGCAAGUGGCUCCAUAACUGGCUUAGUUGCAGCUCACAUAAGGGCUUCUUUCAAGUCGCGUCCCAGAAAUACCAGAUCGCAACGGCCCACCGUUUCUGCUGUUAGACGACCUAUUCGAAUCACCAAGUUCACUCUGAACUAUCAGUGGAAAAAAACGGUUUUUCGACACAAGGCAACUGUAGAAGAAGACUCAAAUCACACCGACAUAUUAAACGAAACUUCACUCGGUUAUUUCUAUAAAUUCUUUUCCCCUGACGUUUUAGUAGAUACCGUAGAGCAAACAAACUCAUACGCAGUAUUAAAAACUGGGCGCUCUCUUGGCUUGACCGAAGAUGAAUUGCGAGAUUUUUUAGCAAUUCAUAUUAUCAUGGGUGUUAUUAGUAUGCCCUCGUACACCGAUUACUGGAGUUUGCGGUACAGAUACGAUCCCAUAGCCGAUUUGAUGUCUCUAAAACGGUAUCAGCAAAUCCGUCGUCAUUUGCAUUUUGUUGAUAACAAUAUACAAGACUCCGACAGAUAUUAUAAAGUUAGGCCUUUAUUACAAAAAAUUCGAGAAAAUUGCUUAGCUCAAGAUAAUGAAAAGAAAUACAGCAUUGACGAAAUGAUGAUUCCCUAUAAAGGGACCAAAGCGGGUAAGCGACGUCAAUACAUGAAGGAUAAACCCAACAAGUGGGGCUUCAAAAACUAUGUUCGUGCUGGAGUGUCGGGCAUGAUUUAUGAUUUUCUUUUGUAUGGUGGCGAGGACACAUUUAGAUUUCAUACUUUUACAGAUAAGGAAGUUUCCAUUGGAUUUGGGGCUCAGGUUGUCAUUGCUUUGUGUAAAAGUAUAAAAAAUAAACCGGCUUUUGUUUUCUGCGACAAUUUCUUUACUUGCCCGGAGCUACUUUAUAUACUUAGAGAAGACUAUGGAAUAUUUGGAUUGGGAACAAUCAGGAGCAACAGGUUGAGAGGAGCUGAAGCAGUUCUGCCCUCAG